AUGUGCGAGUUCUUCAACAGGACUGCUCGCCUGGAUAUAUUCCGAGAGUUUCAGGGGAACGGCGAGUUCUGGCAUAGGCUUGUGCGACACUUCAGCGCACAUGACUUUGAGAGUCACGAGUUUUCCGGCGGCCUUGUUGGCUUAACCCAAGCCGCCCCGAAGUGUCGUUGUCUCUACGGGCAGACCUGUUGGCCCGACGAAGCCUCGUUCGCUGCUCUGAGCCAGCAGCUGUCUCAGCCACUCCUCCGCCCUGUACCCCCUGCCUCCGCAUGCUACCCGGUUUCGUCUCCCUCAAGCAACUGUGCCGAGGUGCUCGCCAAAUUCACUGACGCGUCCUGGCGUGCAGACCAGCCAGGCGCCCUCGAAAACCCUAACUUUGAGACCUACUUGCAUUGGAACGGGAGCGUAGACGGAUGCUACAGGGACACGACACUGGGAUUCCCCUGCAAGCAGGGCAGCGUGCCGCCGAUCGGUGUCGACGCACGGACGGUCGAGGACGUCCAGGCUGCCGUAGUCUUCGCGAGGAAGAACAACCUCCGGCUGGUGGUCAAGAAUACGGGACACGACUACCUCGGGCGCAGUGCUGGUCGCGGAGGGUUCAUGUUGUGGACGCAUCAUCUCAAGGAUACGUCUCACAGCGCUUCGUUCGUCCCGCAAGGUGCACCAACGUCUUCGAAGACCUAUAAUGCCAUCACUUUGGGAGCUGGUGUGCAGUGGCAUGAGGCAUAUGAUUAUGUGAACCAGCAAGGACGCUUCGUUGUUGGCGGGAUUUCCAUAGGCGGAACUGUAGGCGCCGCUGGUGGCUGGCUUCUGGGAGGAGGCCACAGCGCCUUCAGUCCCCGUCACGGGCUCGGUGUUGAUAACGUCAUUCAACUCACAGUUGUCGUCGCCGAUGGUCAACACUUGACCGUAAAUGCGUACCAACACUCUGACCUUUUUUGGGCUCUGCGUGGUGGUGGUGGCGGCACCUACGGCGUUGUCACCUCCGCGACAUACCAAAGCCACCCCGAGUUCCCAUUGACCAUGUCCGCCAUCAGCACCAACUUCUCCUCUCCUGACAUAGCGCAGAGCGAAGUUGCCGAGGCGGCCCUCGCGCCUUUCAUCGCGCGAACAAAUACGACCACCGGAGGAGCCGCGCAGACGCUCUUCUUCGCACUCCCAUCGUUCUAUACGUGGUACAAUGCAGUAAUCAACGCUCCGAACCAAGGAACGCAAGUCGGAUCACAAGUCGAGAUUGCUUCUCGCCUCCUUCCCUACAAACUAGCCACAGAGCAGCCGGCCGAAAUCGCGAAGACGCUGCUCUCAAUCGACGCUAGCGUAUCCGGAAACUUGGUCGCAGGCGGAGUCGUCCAUUCCAUAGACCCUUCGUCGACCGGCCUCAAUCCAUCGUGGCGCAGGGCCAUCGGACAGUUCACGGUGGGCAUGGGUUGGCCGGAAGGUGCCUCUGGGUCUGAAAUACGGCACCAACGGAGUAUCCUCAAGCAAAACACUGAUGUCCUCGAUAAAAUAACGACGGACUCAGGCUCCUACCUGAAUGAGGGCUCCUUAUACGAGAGAGAUUUCAGAAAAACCUACUUCGGUUCGCAUUAUUCGAAGCUGAGGUCAAUCAAGCAGAAAUACGAUGCUGGAUCACUUUUCGUUGUUCCCUCUGGUGUCGGUUCGGAUGAGUGGGACGUAGAUAGGCAAUGCCGUCGUCAAUGA